GCGCUGGGUAAACAGAUGACUGGCCCAGAGCGCCAGGCGGGGCUAUUUAAGAGGCAGCCGCCCUCCCACCUUGAACUUGGCUCUGCUCCCCGGCUGCGCUGGUUGGAACGCGAAUCCAGCUGCGUCCUACUCCGAAGCCAUGAACAGCGGCGCGUGCCUGUGCGUGCUGAUGGCGGUGCUGGCGGCGGGCGCCCUGGCGCAGCCUGUGCCUCCGGAGGACGCUGCGGGCCCCGGGGCACAGCAGGAGGAGGCGCCCCGGAGGCAGCUGAGGGCGGUGCAGAGGGUGGACAGCGAGCCCCGCGCACACCUGGGCGCGCUGCUGGCCAGAUACAUCCAGCAGACCCGGAAAGCUCCUUCUGGCCGAAUGUCCCUCGUGAAGAACCUGCAGGGCCUGGACCCCAGCCACAGGAUAAGUGACCGGGACUACAUGGGCUGGAUGGACUUUGGUCGGCGCAGCGCCGAGGAGUAUGAAUACCCCUCCUAGGGGGCCCACACCGGCUCAGCGCAACAGGCAGCCACCUCCUGACUCAGAGGAGGCAGAAUAAGAAAACAAUCACACUCAUAACUCGUUGUCUCUGAAGUUUGAUGUUUGAAGUAUCUAUUUAUUAAGUUCUCAAUGUGAAAAAUCUGUCUUUAAGAUUGUCCGGCUCAACCGUACACCUCAGCAGAAUUGUAUAAAUGGAGACAAAAUGUUUCCCUCAUCUGUGACUCCUGGUCCUAAAGUGUUGCUAUGCGAUUAAAGUGAUUUCAUUCUGCC